GACUGGAAACCUUUGGAUUACAGCGAAGGACGUAACGAUAUAAGUAAACGUAAUUAUAUUGCCAAAAAUAACGAAGCUGAUUAUAAUAAUAUUAUGUAUUAUUGGAAUUACGACAAAAAGCAAGAUAUAGAUACAGGCGAAUAUUAUAUUGAUGAGCCACAAUACUUAGUUAAAGGAAAAUAUUUAAGUACCUUGAUACAAAAUGACACGUUAUAUUUUUCUAAGCCGAUACGUAGGUAUAAAACAGAUUCAAUUACCAAUAACCCACAAAAGUUUGUAACAAAGGAAGUCAUGCAAGAAGCAGAAUUAAUUGCGAAUAAAAUAAACCAACAAAAAGAAGCCAGUUCGAAAAAUUUACCAACCAAGAAUCCAAAACGAAGGGACGUUUCAAAGGCAAACAUAAAAUUCAACGUCUUUAAACACGCCAGUAAUGAUAAGAAUCUGUUUACGUUAUCAAGUGAAACAAAAUUAGUGGAUAAAGCACAAUAUCACAUUGACAAUAAUUACAUUCUUACACCAAAAUACGCCAACAUUCAGAAGUCCUUAGUAAAACAAAAAUGUGAACGUGGUGUGGAUAAAAAAUAUCUACUGACCAAUUACGAAUCUGAAGACACAAGAAACGAGUCAUUUGAUGAAAAUUUAUUUAUGCAUAAACCAAUCGCAUCCAGUAUUGUCAAACAACAUCAUACACGAUUCGCGAGGCCGGGCAUUAGGAAAGAGGAAACUAAUAUCUGUCGGAAAUUUGAAACUAAAAUGAUAACAGAUACUAGGCCUCAUGAGAUACCACAUGGCAAGAAAGAGAAUCGAUUGAGUCUUCGUGACUACUGGAAUUAUACACCGGAAGAACCUGCUAUUACACUACACGCACUGUACCGCUUUAACGUUCUAAAGCUUAGAAAAGAAUCUAAUAAUUUUAGAUUUGGGAAUACAGGUUACAAGCAAGGAAUAUUCCUAUAUUGUCUCCCAUGUAUAUUUCUGUUGAUUCUGUAUUUGUUCGCUUGGUACUAUUCCUGCUACGUAUGUCCUCGACAAUUGCGAAAAUAUAAGCGUUGUGAGAUGUGGAAAGUGAAACAUUACAGGAAAAUUGUGCGUUUGUUUUCAUACCUAUGUAUGUUCUGGGGUUCUGUCGGAGUUCUGGCUACCUACGUAGCGCACGGUGAACUGUAUUUCGUUACGAAAAAAUAUUUUGUCCUGUACUUCAAAUUCCUGGAUAUUUUUUAUGCUCAAGUAAUAAUGACAUACUCAGUCUUUUUAGUUUUAUGUAGGGAUGUAUCUAGUGUAUUUCGAAUAAAGUAG